CAUUGACCUCAACAAUGGAAAAUGGAACAUGAGUUGUCACCAUCUCAGGCCUCUCCAUAGAAAAUAAUCACGAAUAAAACAAUAAAUGAUUUAGAAAAAAUGCACAUACAUGAGUUGAUGCAUAUAUUUAGCCCAUAAGACCUACCACGUUAUCACCAUCACUAGGCCUCUCCAUGAAAAAUGAACCAUCAAUAGACAGUGAGACUUUGAUUUGAAUAAAUCAUAUCAUUAUGAAAUUGCCACCAAUGUUCAUAAGCUUCAAUCAUAACCACUCCCAGUCAAUUACGAGGGAGUGAAUGGUACUCACUCCCCCACCCCCAACAAAAAAAAAAUUAUACAUGUUAUACAAGAAGUCAACAUCGUUGCAUGACAAGCGUUCAAACUUUAUAUUGCUUGAUCUAUAAUAAGUGGUCAACAUGAAUGCAAACCCCUGUAAAUGACCGCAUAAAGCAAUAAAGGUAAGAUACAUGUAAAGUUGAGUCAAUUUUUCAAACAUUUCUACAAUUUGUGGGAUUUGGCUUUUAAUAUUUUGUGAAAAAUAGGUUUUGGAACAUUAAUUUCAAAUUUUGAAACCAAAAUGAGCUGUCGGGAUGAUGCUUGGUUGGGGCUUUUUCAAAAACCCUAAGACAGACACAGUAAUAGAGACUAUACUUUCACUUUUACCAAAAAAAAAAAAAGAGAUUAUACUUUUCACUGCCCGGCCCCAAAGUUACCCACAAUUAUGUAGGUUGGACCCAAAUGUUCGCUGCCCAAAGCAAAAACCUUUAUUUAAUUAAACCAAUAAAAAAAAGUAAACAGUGCAUAAAAGUGACAGGAAAGUCCAACCUGGAAUAGCAGAUCAAGAAAUUGAAGGGUGCAGCUAAUCAAGCACAGAUUCUGCCGCUCUGCAAUCCAAAAGUAAUAGCUUCUAAGAAGUUGAAUCUUAAUGGCAGCGUCUCUGAAUGCCGGUUUUGCCUCUUCUUCGUCUUCUUCAAGUUCGAGUUAUGAAGUGUUCUUGAGCUUUCGUGGAGAAGACACUCGCACCAAUUUCACCGAUCACCUCUACCAUGCCUUGGAUGAUUCUGGGAUUAACACUUUUAGAGACAACGAAGAACUUCCAAUGGGAAAGAAGAUUGGGCCGGAGCUAAUCACUGCGAUCGAGCAGUCGAGAAUCUCUAUCCCCAUCUUCUCGGAAAAUUAUGCUUCCAGUAAAUGGUGUCUCAUUGAAAUCACUAAGAUCUUUGAGUGCAAAAACACAAUGGAUCAGGUCGUUCUGCCCAUUUUCUACAAUAUCGAACCCUCGGCGGUGCGGAACCAGACCGGGAGCUAUGCAAAGGCCUUUGAGAAACACCAGAGAUGUUUUGACCACAAUACCGUGAAGAAGUGGAAGGAAGCUCUGAGAGAGGUUGGAUCAUUGAAGGGAUGGGAUUCGAAGAGUACUGCUAACGGGUGAGUACACCAACUACAAACAAUUUCUGUUUUAGUUUAGUUUUUGGAUCUAUUAAUUUUUCCUAUAUGGAUUCACCAUGUCCCAUCGCGAUCCAGGCUAUAGCUAUAGAAGAGAGAGGAGGGUCACCUUUGUCCUUAAAUUUUAGUGUCUCCUUAAUCUAAAGAAUGAUAAGAACGUCAUAUUGUGCCAAUAUGCUUCAAUGACCAUUCUCAUUCGAUCCUGAUCCACAGCCAUUAUCUUCUUCAACCAUUAGGGUUAUGGGGACCAAUU